UCUGGCCUUUCCACAGAAGAAUCACAGAACCAUUGCGAAGAUAUCCCUUGCCCGCCUCUGACCAAGUCGAAGGCCCGAAAGCGACGCGGCCAUGGAUGGUCUCGAAAGAAAACUUCAAGGUCGGGUCCAAGUAAAAAUUCUGAAGACCGUGCUACUCCCACCAGCAAGAAACGCCGAAUAGGCGAAGCGGAUGCGGAAGAUCACGAGCUCAGGCCAAGAAAGCAACAGCGCGUCACUGAGCUAGUUGAAGGACCGUCAUGCGUCGUUCCUGUUGUACCCGAAGGCCCGCAAAUUGCGAUAAAUGGUGGAACGACGCGCGACCAUGAGACCAAUAGGAAUUCGGAGACAGCUGUACCGGGUUGGGCGGUGGAAAGGCCGAGAGUCAACGAUGCACGGUUCACAGGACCAGAGGUCAUUCUAGUCAACGUCGAGGAGCAGGAAGAAAUAGAUUUCCUGUUGUACGCACCAGGUCCUUUCGAUUACCAUCCAGGGACACCAGUAGAUACACCAACGAGCGCGAGCAUGUCCCGAUAUAAUAGCGAUCCGGGCACGCCAGGGUUAAUGGCUGAGGACAACGAGAAUCGGCGAGGCGAAAGCAAUUCACCAGACUCAACACCUGCCACAACGCCGCAUGCGCAGUCCAUCGAAAGAUCACCCACAAUUAUUACUCUAGGGACAAUCGACGAAGACCAAUCUUACUGGGCGGCUGAGGAAGGUGACGAGGAAGAAGACGAGGGCGACGCGUCCGAGUCCGUUGUUGUGUUCAAUAGAGAAAGAUCCAUGGCUCCCAGUCCUCCGUCUCUUUCUCCUUCGCACCCCACCGUGCAUCCCGCGACCCCCGCGCAUGUCGACGAGCCUCAGAUGAUCCUGUGGCCAUUAGGACACAAUCCGUGGAAUGCUCUACACCCUUGGUUGUAG